GAGGCGAGCUUGCCGGCGCCGGUAAUAUUUCAUUCCACAAUGGUGGUGAUGUUGUUGAACUAGAUGAAAUGUUCAUCUCAUUCUGGAUGCUAUGGCUGCAGUGUAGCUCUAAAAACAAUUCUCAUGGAGAACUGUUAUUGAGAAGAGAUCCAUUUGUUGGGAUGUAAUAAAAAAAAGAGUGAAUCAAGAUAAAACCUCUAAAUGCAAGUACCAGAAAAAUUACAACACAUCUCAGUGAAUUUGCAAGUGGAUCAUCUUUCCUUGUGGGUUGGCAGCAGUUGUAGGACUGCAAAAUGGGUCUCCGGAUUCACUUUGUUGUUGACCCACAUGGUUGGUGCUGCAUGGGUUUGAUUGUCUUUGUCUGGUUAUACAAUUUUUUUUUAAUUCCCAAAAUUGUCCUCUUUCCUCACUAUGAAGAAGGACAUAUUCCAGGCAUAUUAAUAAUAAUAUUCUAUGGCAUUUCCAUAUUUUGUCUGGUUGCCUUAGUGAGGGCCUCAAUAGCUGAUCCAGGAAGACUCCCUGAGAAUCCUAAGAUCCCACAUGGAGAAAGGGAGUUCUGGGAAUUAUGUAACAAAUGUAAUUUGAUGAGACCAAAGCGUUCGCAUCACUGCAGCCGCUGCGGCCACUGUGUUAGGAGAAUGGAUCAUCACUGUCCAUGGAUUAACAAUUGUGUUGGUGAAGAUAAUCAUUGGCUUUUUCUGCAGUUGUGUUUCUACACUGAACUUCUUACUUGCUACGCACUGAUGUUUUCUUUCUGCCACUAUUAUUACUUUCUUCCACUAAAAAAGCGUAACUUGGACCUCUUUGUUGUUAGACAUGAAUUGGCCAUAAUGAGACUAGCUGCCUUUAUGGGCAUUAGUAUGUUAGUUGGAAUAACUGGACUCUUUUAUACUCAACUAAUUGGCAUCAUCACAGAUACAACAUCUAUUGAAAAGAUGUCGAACUGUUGUGAAGAAAUAUCGAGGCCCCGAAAGCCAUGGCAGCAGACCUUCUCAGAAGUUUUUGGCACUCGUUGGAAGAUCCUGUGGUUUAUUCCUUUCAGGCAGAGGCAACCACUGCGAGUUCCCUACCACUUUGCCAAUCACGUCUAAACAGAUGGAUGGUGGGCACAGAUGGGUCCUCCAUGCUGGAAAUGCGUUACAGGUUUUCUGAUAAUAGAACUAUGACAGUCUUCAAGUCAAUUAAAAUCCACCCACCAAUCUUAGGCAUCAUAAUGUGCCCCAGGCUUUAUUUUAAUAGUGAUCUUGAUCCUGUUGUGGGACUAAUAAAAGAUCUAUAUUUAA